CACACUAUUUGGGGAAUUCUUUGCCCAGAGAUGAUAAGACCGUUCCAUGUGCCCAUCUUGACCUAGCCAGAACAGCGGAAUGGGAUUGAUUCAUCCUUGAAUGUCUUCCCAGAAAAAGGCCAGCAUGGCGGCCCAGGUGACACUGGAGGAUGCGCUGUCCAACGUGGACCUCCUGGAAGAGCUACCUCUGCCCGACCAGCAGCCCUGCAUUGAGCCCCCGCCAUCCUCGCUGCUCUACCAGCCAAAUUUCAACACUAACUUUGAAGACAGAAAUGCAUUUGUCACUGGCAUUGCAAGAUACAUCGAACAAGCAACUGUUCAUUCUAGCAUGAACGAGAUGCUAGAGGAAGGUCAAGAGUAUGCUGUCAUGCUGUACACCUGGAGGAGCUGCUCCCGGGCCAUCCCACAGGUGAAAUGUAAUGAGCAGCCCAAUAGAGUGGAAAUUUAUGAGAAAACUGUGGAGGUCCUGGAGCCUGAAGUCACAAAACUGAUGAACUUUAUGUACUUCCAGAGAAACGCCAUCGAGCGCUUCUGUGGGGAGGUGAGGCGCCUGUGCCACGCCGAGAGGAGGAAGGACUUUGUGUCUGAAGCCUACCUGAUCACGCUGGGCAAGUUUAUCAACAUGUUUGCUGUGCUGGACGAGCUGAAGAACAUGAAGUGCAGCGUGAAGAAUGACCACUCAGCGUACAAGCGAGCUGCUCAAUUUUUACGGAAAAUGGCAGACCCGCAGUCCAUCCAGGAAUCACAGAAUCUGUCCAUGUUCCUGGCCAACCACAACAAGAUCACACAGUCUCUGCAGCAGCAGCUCGAAGUGAUCUCUGGCUACGAAGAGCUGCUUGCAGACAUCGUGAACCUGUGUGUAGAUUACUACGAGAACAGAAUGUACUUGACACCCAGCGAGAAGCAUAUGCUGCUGAAGGUCAUGGGGUUUGGUCUGUACUUGAUGGAUGGGAGUGUCAGCAACAUCUAUAAACUAGAUGCCAAGAAAAGAAUAAACUUAUCCAAAAUCGACAAGUACUUCAAGCAACUCCAGGUGGUUCCGUUGUUCGGGGACAUGCAAAUAGAAUUGUCAAGAUACAUCAAGACCAGCGCCCACUAUGAGGAAAAUAAAUCUCGAUGGACGUGCACGUCAUCUGGCAGCAGCCCACAGUACAACAUCUGCGAGCAGAUGAUCCAGAUCCGGGAGGACCACAUGCGCUUCAUUUCAGAGCUGGCUCGAUACAGCAACAGUGAGGUUGUCACAGGAUCAGGCCGCCAGGAAGCUCAGAAGACCGACUCUGAGUACCGGAAGCUAUUCGACCUGGCGCUGCAGGGUCUGCAGCUCCUGUCUCAGUGGAGCGCCCAUGUCAUGGAAGUGUAUUCAUGGAAACUCGUGCACCCAACGGACAAGUACUCCAACAAGGACUGCCCAGACAAUGCUGAGGAGUACGAGCGUGCCACCCGCUACAACUACACCAGCGAGGAGAAGUUCGCCCUGGUAGAGGUGAUCGCCAUGAUCAAGGGCUUGCAGGUGUUGAUGGGCAGGAUGGAGAGCGUGUUCAAUCAUGCCAUCAGGCACACUGUGUAUGCUGCGCUGCAGGACUUCUCCCAGGUCACCCUUAGAGAGCCACUCCGGCAGGCCAUCAAGAAGAAGAAGAAUGUCAUCCAGAGUGUUCUGCAGGCCAUCAGGAAGACCGUGUGUGACUGGGAGACGGGUCACGAGCCCUUCAACGACCCAGCUCUGCGUGGCGAGAAGGACCCCAAGAGUGGCUUUGACAUCAAAGUGCCCCGGCGAGCUGUGGGACCCUCCAGCACGCAGCUUUACAUGGUGAGAACCAUGCUAGAGUCCCUCAUUGCAGACAAAAGUGGUUCCAAGAAAACCUUGAGAAGUAGCCUUGAGGGGCCCACCAUAUUGGACAUAGAAAAAUUCCAUCGAGAGUCAUUCUUCUACACCCACUUGAUAAAUUUCAGUGAAACGCUGCAGCAGUGCUGUGACCUUUCACAGCUGUGGUUCCGCGAGUUCUUCCUGGAGCUGACCAUGGGCAGGAGGAUCCAGUUCCCCAUUGAGAUGUCCAUGCCGUGGAUCCUGACUGACCACAUCCUGGAGACCAAGGAGGCGUCCAUGAUGGAGUACGUGCUGUACUCCCUGGACCUGUACAACGACAGCGCCCACUACGCCCUCACCAAGUUCAACAAGCAGUUUCUCUAUGACGAGAUUGAGGCAGAGGUAAACCUAUGCUUUGACCAAUUUGUUUACAAGCUGGCAGACCAGAUAUUUGCAUAUUACAAGGUUAUGGCAGGAAGUUUGCUUCUUGAUAAACGGCUACGGUCUGAAUGCAAGAAUCAGGGGGCUACGAUCCACCUCCCGCCAUCUAACCGCUACGAGACUCUGCUUAAGCAGAGGCACGUGCAGCUCCUUGGCAGGUCCAUAGACCUCAAUCGUCUGAUUACUCAGCGUGUCUCAGCAGCCAUGUACAAGUCUCUGGAACUGGCAAUUGGACGAUUUGAAAGUGAAGACCUGACAUCAAUAGUUGAGCUGGACGGCCUCUUGGAAAUUAACCGCAUGACCCACAAACUGCUGAGCAGGUACCUGACGCUGGACAGCUUCGACGCUAUGUUCCGGGAGGCCAACCACAAUGUGUCAGCACCCUAUGGAAGAAUCACCCUCCACGUCUUCUGGGAACUCAACUAUGAUUUUCUGCCCAACUACUGCUACAAUGGCUCCACCAACCGGUUUGUUCGGACAGUAUUACCAUUUUCUCAAGAAUUUCAAAGAGAUAAACAGCCUAAUGCACAGCCUCAGUAUUUGCAUGGAUCAAAGGCUCUGAACCUGGCUUACUCCAGCAUUUAUGGCAGCUACCGGAACUUUGUGGGGCCUCCACACUUCCAGGUCAUCUGUAGGCUGCUGGGCUACCAGGGCAUCGCCGUGGUCAUGGAGGAACUGCUCAAGGUUGUCAAGAGCCUGCUGCAAGGCACCAUCCUGCAGUAUGUGAAGACGCUGAUGGAGGUGAUGCCCAAGAUCUGCCGGCUGCCCCGGCACGAGUAUGGCUCUCCUGGCAUCCUGGAGUUCUUCCACCACCAACUCAAGGACAUUGUUGAGUACGCGGAGCUAAAGACGGUGUGCUUCCAGAACCUUCGGGAGGUGGGCAACGCUGUCCUCUUCUGCCUCCUCAUUGAGCAGAGCCUGUCUCUAGAAGAAGUGUGUGACCUGUUGCACGCAGCCCCUUUCCAGAACAUCUUGCCGCGGGUACAUGUGAAAGAGGGAGAGAGACUCGAUGCCAAGAUGAAACGACUAGAAUCAAAGUACGCCCCACUGCAUCUGGUCCCCCUAAUCGAAAGACUGGGGACCCCUCAGCAAAUUGCAAUAGCAAGAGAGGGGGACUUGCUGACCAAGGAGCGCCUCUGCUGCGGCCUGUCCAUGUUUGAGGUCAUCCUGACUCGCAUCCGGACCUUCCUGGACGACCCCAUCUGGCGCGGGCCCCUGCCCAGCAACGGGGUCAUGCAUGUGGACGAGUGCGUCGAGUUCCACAGACUGUGGAGCGCCAUGCAGUUUGUCUACUGCAUCCCUGUGGGGACACACGAGUUCACGGUCGAGCAGUGCUUCGGCGACGGGCUGCACUGGGCGGGCUGCAUGAUCAUCGUCCUGCUGGGGCAGCAGCGGCGCUUUGCUGUGCUGGAUUUCUGCUACCAUUUACUUAAAGUCCAGAAACACGACGGCAAGGAUGAGAUUAUCAAAAACGUGCCUUUGAAGAAGAUGGUGGAGAGAAUUCGCAAGUUCCAGAUUCUGAAUGAUGAGAUAAUCACUAUCUUGGACAAAUACUUGAAAUCAGGCGAUGGGGAGAGCACACCUGUGGAGCACGUCCGCUGCUUUCAGCCACCCAUCCACCAGUCCCUGGCCAGCAGCUGAGGGCAGUCACCUGUUCUCGAAGAUUUCCCCGUACUGACUGCAUUUAAUAACUGUAAGGGCAUGUUUUCCUUUCCGUAAACUAUGUAGUGAGGUUUUUAGGGCUAUUUUUCAGUAUCUCUGUGCAAGGGGGUGCUUUUCAAUCUAAAAGCUUAAUUUUAUAAAAUUGACUUAUUUUUCUAGACUAAAAUUGUAUAUGCUUUUGGUAAUUAGAAACUGAGACUACUGGCUGCUAAUAGUUGCUGUCAUGUUCUUACAAAAUUAUUUCCCAUUUUUCUAUGGAAUGUUCCAAAAGCUAGCUGUGUCAUAAAGUGCUGCUGGGCUCAUCCACUCCUCCCAUAGCAAAGGGUCAGUAAUGUUCAAGGAGAGAUUUAUGGACUUAAACAAGGAAUUUACUACCAGCUAAUUGUAAUGAAACCCUGUGCUGAUUAGAAUUAUUUUGCUUCUGUUUAGGGAAUUUUUUGGUGUCUUUUAUGAAUAAUCUUUUCUAAGUCCUUGUUCCCGUCCCUUUUUCGUGUCAGUGUUUGAGAAAAGUGAAUGAAAUUCUUUGACUCCAACUAAACCCAGUUGUGACAAAACCUAAAUUGUGAGGUAUGAUUUAUUAAAGAUUAAAGAAAUAAAACUAAUGAAACCUCUAGUGUUCAUUUCCUCUGAUCCUGUGCCCAGGACUUGGGCAGGUUUCUCUAUUUACCUGAACGCACAGACUGAAUGCACUAGACUCAGAGCGCAGAGUCUAGGUUACCUGCAGCCUGGAGUGAGACUAGAUCCAGAGAGGGAGUAAUGUCCCUAUGCCUUUGGAAACAGCACUGAAGUCCAGGAACAUCGCACUUGCUACAGAUCACAGAAUCUAUGUGUUGUACUGCUUAACCUUGAGUUCUGUGAAAUGGUACUUGUUUUUUAAUUUUCCCUUUUUUUUUUGUGUGUGGGACCCUUGCUGGAGGCCGGGGAUCGAACCAGCGCUGUAGAGGCUGCGGGCAGCCUCGCAACCCAGCGCUCAACCGCUGCGCCACCAGGGGAGGCCCUUUUAAUUUUUCUUUCUAAAAAUGUUGCUUUAGGUGAAGUGAACUAAUAACCCUGGGGCCAGUAUUCUGCUACUACAGAUAAAGAGGUACUAUCUGUGCUCACCCUAUACUGAAAGUAUAGAAUGAUGAAAAUUUAAGAUUAAGGACUAAUUUAAAUAGCUCAUAUUACUGAGUUUUGUAAGAUUUAAUUAUAAACCACAAUAAAAUGUAAUAAAAAUUUAUGUACAACACAAUUUCA